CGAGCAUGCUUACUACGCUCGAACGUAAACAAAGACAAGACGGUGUUCUGCUCAGAACUCUUCCUCCUGUAAUUUAUAUGUUUUUAAAUCGUUAGACUGGGAAAGCCUCUUGUGUCCGGAGCCAUGGAGAAGGCUUUACUGAUGCGAGUGAGCGUCUUUACCGAUCAAGGAGGCCGGAAAUACAUGGAAGAUGUUACCGAGGUGACAGUGGAGCCCGAGCCGGGAGAAGAUGAGCCGAGGUGGGAUGAACAAGAGGACAGUGAUGGGGGUUAUUUAUCCAGCUCUCCGAGCGACCUGCCUCCGCAGCUUACAGAACCACCACCGGACGAGUCGGGUCCAGCCGGAAACCAGCACACCAACACAUCAUGUUUACCGGCUGACGCGAACCCACCCGCGGUCCAGCCCGGUCGCUCCCGCGGGUCGGUGGCGUUCUUUGCGGUGUUUGAUGGCCACGGGGGUCGCGAAGCCGCACAGUUCGCCCGAGACUUUUUGUGGGAAUUCAUAAAGAAGCAGCGGGGGUUCUGGUCCGGCUGUGACCGGGAGGUCUGCUCGGCUAUACGCAAAGGAUUUGUAGCAUGCCACCACGCUAUGUGGAAAAAGCUACGUGAUUUGUGGAGCUACAAUUUCUACAGUGGGGAGUUUGUGGUUUCUCCAGAGCCAGACACUAAUGUGGUGGUCCUUGACCCCAGCAAACAUCGUUACAUCAUCCUGGGUAGCGAUGGGCUGUGGAACAUGGUGCCCCCUCAAGAGGCCAUCUCCAUGUGUCAGAACAACGAUGAGGAAAUGGCCUCCUGUGGAGGAUCCAGCGCUCGACAGCUGGUCGGCCACGCUCUGCUGCGCUGGCGCCAGCG